CAAAUUCACAAUCAUUCAAAUCUCUGACUUUUCUGAAACCUUCCCAAGUGGUAUAUAGAUACGUCUGUCAUUUUGUGUUUGGAUCAUAAAGCGUUCGUUUUCCAAGUGGUAUAUAGAUACGUCUGUCAUUUUGUGUUUGGAUCAUAAAGCGUUCGUUUAAGGUGCAAAAUUCGCAUAAAAAAAAAAAAUGGGAACCGGCGACGGAAGAGGAGCUUGGGAGAAUAACUCCGACGGCAUAGAGAUCGUAGGGAACGAUAGGAGGAAAGCAUUUAGCGGUCCUCUUGCCGGUGCAGCUCAGCCACCUCAUCAUCAGUUUAACAGAAACAAGAGCAGGAAGAGCGCCAGGUUCAAUUUGCCUCCUGAGCACAGCCUAACUAGCACCAGCAAUAGCGGCGCCGGCGAUGUGGAUGAUGGCUACGUUGAGAUCACUCUGGAUAUCCGUGAUGACUCAGUGGCGGUUCACAGCGUUCAGACGGCGAUUGAAGAUCCGGAGCUGGCUUUGCUGGCCAAGAGGACGCUCGAGAAGAAGUCUUCUUCGUCCUUGGGAGCCUCCAUGCUACGGAGCACUUCGGCUCAUAUCCGGCAGGUCUCGCAGGAGCUCAAACGUUUAGCUUCCCUUUCCAGAAGAUCGUCUGCUGCUAGACGUUUCGACCGGACCAAGUCGGCUGCUGCACAUGCCUUGAAGGGCCUAAAGUUUAUCGCAGCCGCCAAGAGCGGCGGCGCCUCUGGAUGGCCUGCCAUAGAGAAGCGAUUCGACGAGCUGACGGCUUCUACCAACGGACUUCUUGUGUCUUCAUUGUUCGGCGAAUGCAUAGGAAUGAACAAGGAGUCAAAGGAAUUCGCAGGUGAGCUUUUCGGAGCACUUGCUAGGAGGCAUAACAUAAGUGGUGAUUCAAUUAACAAGCAACAGCUCAGAGGUUUCUGGGAGCAAAUAUCUGAUGAAAGCUUCGACAGCAGGCUCCAAACUUUCUUUGACAUGGUGGAUAAAGACGCUGAUGGAAGAAUCACAGAAGAAGAAGUCACAGAGAUCAUCAGCUUGAGUGCUUCUGCAAACAAACUCUCCAAUAUUCAGAAACAAGCAAAGGAAUAUGCAGCAUUGAUUAUGGAAGAACUAGACCCGGAAAACGCCGGAUAUAUCAUGGUAUACAACCUCGAAAUGCUGCUAUUACAAGCUCCAAACCAAUCUGUCAGGAUAAGUGACAGCCGAAUCCUGAGUCAAAUGCUGAGCCAGAAGCUGAAGCCUACAAUGGAGGACAACCCACUAAGAAGAUGGUACCAGAAGAUCAAGUACUUCCUACUGGAUAACUGGCAAAGGGUCUGGGUAAUGAUGCUAUGGCUUGGGAUCAUGAUGGGUCUGUUUGCGUACAAGUUUGUGCAGUAUCGAAACAAGGCUGCUUUCCAUGUGAUGGGGUACUGUGUUUGCGUUGCCAAAGGUGGGGCAGAAACCCUGAAAUUCAACAUGGCUCUGAUAUUACUGCCAGUAUGCCGGAACACCAUUACUUGGCUCAGAAACAAGACCAAAUUAGGGACCAUUGUUCCGUUUGAUGACAAUCUCAAUUUCCAUAAGGUAAUUGCAGUCGGAAUUUCUGUCGGGGUUGGACUGCACGCCAUUUCUCAUUUAACAUGUGAUUUCCCACGACUUCUUCACGCAACGGAGGAGGAAUACGAGCCUAUGGAGCCUUAUUUUGGAGAAGAACAGCCAACUAACUACUGGUGGUUUGUGAAGGGAGUCGAAGGGUGGUCAGGUAUAAUCAUGAUCGUGUUGAUGGCCAUAGCUUUCACUUUAGCUACCCCUUGGUUUAGGCGAAACAGAGUCAACCUCCCCAAGCCCCUCAAGAAGUUUACUGGUUUCAAUGCCUUCUGGUAUUCCCACCACCUUUUUGUCGUCGUCUAUGCUCUCCUCAUCGUCCAUGGGUUUAAACUUUACCUCACCAAGGAAUGGUAUCAGAAAACGACAUGGAUGUAUUUGGCAGUACCUGUGUCCCUUUAUGCAUGUGAAAGGUUAAUCAGAGCUUUUAGAUCCAGCAUCAAGCCUGUUAAGAUUAUUAAGGUUGCUGUUUAUCCGGGAAAUGUCUUGACAUUGCACAUGUCAAAGCCUCAGGGCUUUAGAUACAAGAGUGGGCAGUAUAUGUUUGUCAACUGUGCUGCGGUCUCUCCCUUCGAAUGGCACCCAUUUUCCAUUACUUCAGCACCAGCAGAUAAUUAUCUGAGUGUUCACAUUAGAACACUUGGUGAUUGGACACGACAGCUCAAAACUGUUUUCUCGGAGGUUUGUCAGCCUCCAACUGCCGGGAAGAGCGGACUGCUCAGAGCUGAUUUCAUGCAAGGAAGUGAUAACCCCAGUUUUCCGAAAAUACUGAUAGAUGGUCCAUAUGGAGCACCCGCACAAGACUACAAAAAAUACGAUGUGGUAUUGCUCGUGGGGCUCGGGAUCGGGGCCACACCCAUGGUCAGCAUUGUCAAGGACAUCAUCAACAACAUCAAAACAAAGGAUGAGGAAGAUAGCACAGCGGAGGGGGCUCUAGAAAGUGGGAAAGCCAAUAAUAAUCCAUCAAGCCACAACAGCAAGAACAAGAGCAACAGAGGAUUCAGGACGAGGAAAGCAUACUACUAUUGGGUAACAAGGGAACAGGGGUCUUUCGACUGGUUCAAAGGUAUAAUGAAUGAGGUGGCGGAGAUGGACGAGAAGGGAAUGAUAGAACUGCACAACUACUGUACAAGUGUGUACGAAGAAGGCGAUGCCAGGUCAGCAUUGAUAGCCAUGCUUCAGUCCCUUCACCAUGCUAAGAAUGGGGUGGACGUGGUGUCUGGGACCAGGGUCAAAUCCCACUUCGCCAAGCCCAACUGGCGACAAGUCUACAAAAGGAUUGCUCUCCAGCACCCGGAUUCUCGAGUUGGAGUAUUCUACUGUGGGGCACCGGCACUAACAAAGGAAUUGAGGCAACUGGCUUUGGACUUCUCCCACAAGACCUCCACCAAAUUUGAAUUUCACAAGGAGAACUUUUAAAAGAAGAAGGAGAAGAAGAUGAUGGCCGGUAAUGGAAGAAAGCUACGUGAAAGUAGUAACCAUUGAUGUCUUUGUUUUUGUACAGGGUCGGUCUUGAUGGCGGCCUUGCUCUACAUUACAAAAAUAUAUACGGUACGUGGAUAAGUUGAGUACGUAAGAUAUCCACGCCAAGGAAGGCAUAGGAUAAGAUGAAGGACCAACCGCUGCCACCAAUAAAAAUGUUGGUUCGUGGCGGGCGCCACCAGCACCUAAUUCCGUGUAGAGAAUUUGUUUUAUUUUUCUUUUAUUUUUUUAUUUAUUUUUUAUUUUCCAUUUCUCUUCUAUGAUUUUUGACAUGUAUACUAGUCUUUUAUUGACGUCGCCUUUAAAGUAUAUCAUUAUAAAAA